CGUAAGCAGUAGACAAAACAGCUCAUUAGGCUUUUACAUUCUUCGCGCGUUCUGUAAAAUUUCAGUAACAACGACAACAGUAACAACAAAGACACCGACAACGGUAACACGAAGAGCAACGACUACGGCCAUUGAUUAUUCCGCGCACGCAGCCACAACUACAACAGAAAGAUCAGCGAUCACAGCUAUUUCCGGUUAGUGAAAAAUGGAAAACUUGCUUGUACUUUCGUGCUACGAACUGAUGGUUCACAGUAUCCAACGAUGUGCUGAGCGUCGGGGCUUUUGCCGGCAUAGUCAUUGGAUGUGUGGCGGUAGUGGCCACCGUCAUUGGAAUCACUGUGGCUUGCACGAAGCGUGGACCGCGGGUUACGGUGCACAAUACGUUCACCCACAACGUCCACGUAGUUACGCCAGCGGCGGUGGUCUUCGCUGAAAAAGGCGGAACGGCACGAUAUCCCUAUCUUUCUUCGGCUUUUGCUCCCUUGCCUAAUUUACCGGGAACACCACCGGAACCGAUGUCGAAAUAGAACGUUUGAUUUUUGAGCCGACGUGUUCCUCCAGCCUUAAAAUACGCGCCCGUUCAGGAAAAUGGAUAAGAUAUGAAUCGAUAGUCGUAGGACUGGGAAUCCGGAUUUUCAUGGGCCGAGCGGUAAACCGUAAUGUGGAAAACUGGAAACCAAAUCAUACAGCCGUGUUGAAUGUCGUCAGGCAUGAUAUCAUACCAGAUCGAUCGAUUAUUGUACGAGGAUGCUUAAAGUGCGUUAAGGGCGAGGUUAGCUAAAAGCGGUGCUACGCUUGCAAUGUGAAAUGUAUUGCGCUACUCUAAACUUGGUCGGUGAUCUGAUCGUCUCAACGCUUUAAGCCAAGGUUAGCUUCUUAACAAGGCGCACCGCUGGGUUCCGUAACCAGACUUACUGAAUUUUCAGCAUUGAUCUUGAUUAUUGUCUGCGUUCAACAUUUAGAGUAUAUCCCGUUUCUACAUUUAAGCUGUUCUCCAUUUCAUUGCCUGUUCUCGGUUGAACUCUAUGGAAAUUGUUGAUCUUUGUGGACGAAUUGACGCAGUAUUCGUUUUUCGAACCGGAUCGCGAAUUUCAUUGUAGCUCCACACAAACAAGAAAAAUGACUGGUGUGGCGCUGAAGCGCACCUUGACCUGGGCUUAUCACGAUAUUCUCCUGGAGGCCUUGGUUGUUUUCUGGAUCGGAUGCCACAUUUCGUUGAAGUUUGGCACGCGUUUCUUUCCCGAAUGGGAAGUAACGCGAGUUGACCCGGACAGCUAUACAGAAUUGGAUAGUCUGCUUUGGCUGAUGCUUGGUCGUGAGAUGAACGGAUGCACUUGGGAUGACAUUGUCCUCGCCUGGAAGCCAGGAAGCGCCUCAACCGUCAUCGAUCCAGCCGCCACCUAUAUCACACGUCCGACCCAGGUGAAUUUCGGCUAUUACAGUGCCAUUGCCACCGUCAUUUCCACUGCAGUGUUGGGCGUCUCGGUGACCUUGUCCAUCCUCGUCAACCGGCACUGGGGGAUGCCCCGCAUCCGCUGGACGGAACAUAUUCGCAACUGUGGACGCAUCACAUCCUUCAUGGGCUAUAAUGUUCACUUUGAUGGGGAGUGUAACCCGUGGAAAGAUCCAGCCACGCCUAUGUGGAUAUUUGUUAUUAAGCAGGUCGUCGUCGCCGUUUGCGCUGCGGUAUGCUUCCCGGCAUUAUGGAUCUUCCUUUGCGUUCUGCCACUGAUCGAGGUCGCGGGACUGACAGUCCUCAUCUUCGGGCGCAUAUGCGGGCACGACGCUGUGUUCCCUACCUGCGUCGUCGUAUUUUGUCUGCUGGCUGCACACUGCACAGGACGAGUUUGGGGAGUGUGGAUGCAAGACAGCUAUUUCACCCGUCUUCGCGAGUAUAUUAGGAGACUAACGGGACUAGAGUUAAUCGUGCAACUGCAACCAACGUCUGGCAAAUCGUCGACCAAGACCGCAGCGGGAGAUUCAUCACGAUCAGCUCGGUGGGAACUGUUGGUGGCAAUCAGCCUAUUUGUCGUCUGCGGCUGCACAUGUGCCGUACACAACUCCAUCAAUCUGUUUUUUCGGGCACGGGCACCCGUUGUAGUUCGCGAGCUGAGCGUGGACGCAGCAAGUGAAGCGAGAAACCGAGGCUACUGGUUGUACGUCAACUGCACCGACUGCUGCCAUAACUACGCAACGGGAAUGAACCAGAUUACGGCCAUGUUAUCGUACUGGAUGGAUUUGCGUUAUCCUCGGUUGCCAUCCGACAGCAAUCCCGCUCUGGUCUCUCUCUUCUCGUCCAAGUUUUCUCCCGUGACGGAGUUUCUGUACAUUGUGUGGAUGGGCGUCAUUCUGUUUUUGGCCGCUUUGCCCUUUAUAAGCGUGGCUGUGGCGGAAAUCAUCAUGAUUUGCAAAAUGCUCAUCGGCUAUUUGGAAUCACUUUUCCGUGUCGGCACGAAUCGCAAUCAACAGCAUCUCGAGGACAUUGAUGACUCUUGGAACGCUAGGGAUAACGACAGAGCAAGUACAGCUGGAACGGUUAAGAAGAACGGCCCGCCAGCAGUAUCUGAACGCUUCUGCAUCUGCGCGCUGGGAUGUGAAUUCCUAGGCUCGUCCGCGCUGACCCUUCAGCGCAUACUGUUCUGCAAGUAUCUUCCCCUCACCGUGGUGGCGUUUGCCCUGCCAGAACACCUGCAAUUGCCCGGGGUGCUGCUGCUGCUAACCGCUCUUAUCGUGGGCGUGUGGUAUAAAUUACUGGUGGGGAUUUUUAAAGUUUUCCGAGAAGAAUUCUGGGGUGGAUGUACCUGUGCCUGCACCACUGGCAAGUGUUCUCAGAAAGAACGAAAGACUAACUAGUCGAACGAAAGCCUAGACUCGUUGAGGAUCAUCCCGGAAUGCCGGAGUAACUUUAUCAGAAAAUGUACUAACGGUUCUGGCUCGGGUUCUUCAGGUGGUUGAUCGCAAUUCUUGGGUAUUUUUGAUUCAUUACUUGAGCAGUUUUCACGUGAAGAGUUGCUAAUCGUAAUACUAAUAUCAGUAAUUGAUAGUAACAGUACCAAUUUAGUUGAUAGUAACAUCAUAAUAUUUCCAUAAGUACAUUAUGUAAUUUGCUGUCAUAUCUGUGCUAAUUACGUGUUAGAUACUAGUAUUUUAGAAUAAAACUGGCUUCACACAUUUAAAUGUCGGUACUCAUAGCCGGUAUAAUUUUUUCUUGCUUAGGUUUGUUAGUCCAUUUGCGGAAAAUGUUCACGCAUACUGCAAUCGGCCGAGUCGAUGUACUUUACUGUUUAAUUUAA